AUGGUGAGCGAUAAAAAGCUCCACGACAAUCUGUCACGCAUCAAGGCCCCUUCACCAAUUGGGAAAUCCAUCUUUGUUGGGCUUCGUUUGACGGAUCCGAUUUGGCAACUUGCGUUCCUCCAGCGUGGAUGGGGCUCUCGGAUUGUCUCAUACCUCCGUGGAACACCUUUACCUGUGCUCGAUGCAGUCAGCGGUCGGUUGGAUCCUUACUAUCAGCUUCUUGUGGUUAUGGUCCUUGGCUUCUUCAACACUAUCAUCAACUCUACCAACAUCCUGUUCGCAAUUUGGUCUUCCUCGUCACAAGCUCCUGGCUUUGAUACCUGGUUGGGUGUUCUCUCUUCCCCGGCGGUCGCCGUUGGGGCCACUGCCUACGCCAUCGGGAUUGUGUCUGAGUUGGCCUCCGAGUUGCAGCGACAGAAAUUCAAAAAGGACCCUGCUAACAAGGGGAAGCCAUACGGUGGUGGUCUCUUCUCCCUGGCGACCAAUAUCAACUAUGGUGCUUAUACAUUGUGGCGCGGAACAUUCGCCCUGACCAGUGGAGGUUGGGCCUGGGAUCUCUUCACUUUUUCUUUCUUCUUUUAUGAUUUUGCAACUCGUGGAGUGCCAGUCCUCAACCAAUACUGUACUGAUAGGUAUGGAAAUUCUUGGACUGACAUCAAGUCUCGCGUUUUUUACCGUCUAUUCCCUUGGGUGUACUAG